UUUUCGUACUUAAAGUUGUAUUGAAAUUAAUUAUAUCAGAGUAUCUAGAAUUAGCACCUUUACCUGGUGCUAAAUUAAAUUUAUUGAAACAAAGCACUUUUAUAUUGUGUUACUUGACAUGAAAAAUUUCAUUUCCUGUAGGUUUUAUCGUCUUUAAAUAUGACGACAAUCAUAUAUUUUACUGGAUUUAUUCUUAUUCUCGGCGUAUCGCUCACUUUUGGUAAACCUUUGUUGGAUGAGAGAAAUGAGAAAGAAAAGUCUUUGGGAAAAUUUGCUGCCGAAACUGCUGUGAAUGAAGACAUGAAUCACUCUAAUGAAGAGGAGGAGUCUAAUAGCGGGGAAACUGAUGAGAUAGACAAAUAUGAUGAUUAUAGUGGUGAUGGUAAUGAUGAGGUGCAAUCAGAUGAUAAGAAACAAUCAAACAAAAAGGAAAAAUCUAAGUACGAUGAUGAAGGGAGUGGUGAAUCUGAAGAAAGUGAUGAAUCUGAACAAAGUGGUGAAUCUGAAGAAAGUGAUGAAUCUGAACAAAGUGGUGAAUCUGAACAAAGUGGUGAAUCUGAACAAAGUGGUGAAUCUGAACAAAGUGGUGAAUCUGAACAAAGUGGUGAAUCUGAACAAAGUGGUGAAUCUGAACAAAGUGGUGAAUCUGAAGAAAAUGAUGAAUUAGAUGAGAGUGAAAAAUCUGAGAAAGGGGAUAAAUCAGAAAAGAAAGAUGAACUCGACAAAAAGAAUGAUGAAAAAAAUGAAGACAAUAAAGAAAAAAGUAAAAAAUAUGCUGUAAAGAAUAAAGAAUCUGAGAAGGACGAAUCAAGGAAAUGACGAAGAACAUGGAAAAUCUGAUGAUAAAUCUCAAAAAUACAUAGAUUUAUGUGCUGUCUAACUUCAGCAAUUUCGAAUGGGAAAGGAAAAAUACAACGUCCAUUGUUUUUAUUUACAAUGAAAUAAGAAAAUAAACUGUGAGACGAUUUUACAUCGAACUCUGUUUUAAUUUUGCUUCUACAAGAGAUUACUGUUUGCUCUUUUUCUGUAUUUUUGUUCCAGUAAAAUCAUAGCCUGUUUUGCUGCCAA